AUGAGCAAUCCACCCCAACAGCAAAUCGGAAUCAAAGCGCGAGACUUUCCUUCGUCAUCAUCAUCUUCAUCUUCGACAUCUUCUAGAUUCUUGAUAAUAUCAGGGGCUUUACUUGGAUUUUCAAUUGUUUUUAGAUAUGUAAAUCGACAAUUAGAGAGUUCCAAUAGUGCAAGCUUUUUCGGAGAUGUAGUCACCAUUUUCUCUUCAUUCAUGUUCUCCGUCUUGCUCAUUAUGUUUUCAGCAUGUAUUUUGAUGUGCUCAAUAUUAUUUUUGUUAUUAUUCCGUAAAGGAAAACCGACUCAUAUUCAAUCACCAACUCAAGGAAUUGAUAUUACUGGAAGCAAAGUAAUUGUCAGUGAAAAAGCAAUUAGUGAUAUUAAUGACGAGAGCGUUUUCUUUGUGAGAGAACAAGACAGUGAUGAAAGUGACUGUAAAUGGUUAAAUAUUAUUCUAAACAGAGUUCUUCAACAAUAUUUUUAUAAGAAUGCUUCAAAGAUAAAGAAACAAAUACUACAAAAAGUUUCCGAAGAAAUGAAAUUACCUGAUUUUAUUGGAGAUCUUCAAUUUAAGGAUUUGAAUUUUGGGUCAAAGUCUCCAUACUUUAAAGCAAUAUCAGCCAAAGAGGACAGAAAUGGAUUGCAAGUGGACAUUGGUAUUGUGUAUGACGAUCCAAAAACAAAAAUUCACAUUGGAACCGAAAUAUGGCUCAAUUAUCCUGUUUCAAGAUUUGCAUCAUUCCCUAUCCAAUUUAGCAUUGAAAAUAUAUUUCUGGAUGCCAAGAUGCGAGUGAUUAUAUCUCCUGAUUUUAAGACCCUCAAAUUUUGUUUCCUCAGACAGCCAAACUUUGAUUUAAUCUUCUCCAAUGAAUUUGGACAUCAUGCAACUCUUCAAAACGUUCCUUUACUUACCGAUGUUAUUAAUCGUCAAAUUUAUCUAUUCCUAAGUGAGUCCUUGGUUGCACCAAAUUUUAUUGAGCUUGCAAUCCCUGAGACUACACCAGAAAAGAAGACAAGAAAAUCAGAACAGACUGUUGAAGAAGUAAACGAAAGUGACAAUGAACAAUAUUCUGACGAUGAUAUUGAAAGUGAUAAAACUUCAGACGAAGAGCCGAGUGCUUUCGAAACAGAUCAAGAAAUCAACCAAAAACAAAGAAUAACUAACAGAAAGGCCAGCAAGCAAACUAAAUCUAGACUAUCCCAAAAGAAAUAA